AUGGAGGAACGGGGACACAGGAGAACUUGGCUGCAGUGCCAAAGGAAGAUUAACCGUGUUACGGGCGAUAAACCCCGCUGUCAGCCGCUGGAGCUGCUGGAUGGCUACGAACUUGAAUCUCCGAGGAGUUCGGCAGACAGCCUGGACAUAGAUGGCGAGACAGUUUCUUGCAAGAUCAAAUUCCCCAUGACCACCUUUCUACCAGGCCUCACAGUACAACAGCCGCCUCAGACUACCUUUUACAACUUUACUCAGCCCCCGGCGAAACAGCAUGGAUAUUGCCCAGACCUUCAGCCAGGUGUCACCCUCAAGGUCCAGCUCAGCAGCCCUUCAGCCUGGCCUCAGGACAUCCACCAUUCUACCGACCUCCAGAUGACCAGGAACAGUAAAUCACAUCAGCAUAUUCUGAAACGCUUUCAAGACUCUGGCAGGCUUCACCAGUGGACACUCUGUAAAAACAUGAUGACUGAUGGCAAAUACUCUGUCGACAUUGAUUCUGAAAGUGAGUUCAUGCAGGAGCUUCUCCCGUCUGCGGAGCGAACGGCUCUCCUCUAUCACAUGUCUUACCUGUGUGUGGGUAAAGACCCAGAGCUGGAGCGCCUGCUCAGAAAACAAGCUGUCGAAACACAACUGCUGUUCGGAUCCUCUGAGGCUCUUCUGAUGAAGUGUGUAAGAACCAGCGAGAGCUUUGUCACAUCACUGCUACCCAAUCUGAAGUUGGCUGCAGAGAAAAACAAACCACAAUUAGCAUUCAAAUUCCUCGAAAAAGCAAAAGAUCGGAUUGGUGACAUCAUAAUAGAUGUUAAAGAUUUUGUGAAGAGGUAUAAUGAACAUAACAGUGAUGUAGCCUCAUCAACCAGUGACAUCAACACUGUUAAGGAAGAGAUGAAGACGAUGCAGCAGCAACAAUCCAGUGAGAUGGAGGAACUUCAGAAGAUGAUUGAUGUUCUGGAAGCAAACCUUCUUAAUAUCAGUAAAGACAUAGAAGACUAUGAGAAGAAGAAAAAUGAAGAGAUAAAUGAAUUUUUCAUCCGCACCACCGGCACAAAGGAAGAAAAUGACCUCCAAAAUAAAAUGACCUCCACUUCAGAUAAAGAUCAGAUCAUGGCUCUUUAUGCUGAUUUACAGAAACGUCUGAAAGAGAGGGAGUGGGACAUCCAGAACCAGCUGAUGGACAAUCAGCAGAAGAUGGCCAAAUUAAAAACUGGAAAUGGUCAGAUGCCCAUCAUCACACACCUUGAUGAAGUCCAGAAAUAUUUGUCUCGAAUCCAAAAAAUUCUGGUCCAGCUUCAGAAGUUCUGGGAGAAAGUGGGUUCUUUGCUGGACAUGCUGAAGGAAAGGACCUUCGCUGGGGAUGUUUGGAUUGAAGACCUCACUGAUAUGAAGGAAGAGUUCCUGGAGUCCAUCGAUGCAGCUCAAGAGGAAUGGAUAAAAUUUGGCAUCAACUCCAAGAAGGCCUACGACAUCUUCAGCGUUCAGGCGAUUGAAGCCUACAGGUUUCUGGAGAUCAGUCCUUCAUCUCUGUCUGAAGAAGAGUGGCAGAACGAGUAUGAGAGCGUGAAAGACAAACUUGAGAAAAUUACACCAUGAGAUCAAUUGAGAGUGAGGAGUUGUCAUCAUAGUGCAGAGCUCCUCCCCUCGAUAUCACGGGAUCCUCACCCUCUCCGCCAUGUUGGCAGGAUUCCGGCAGCAAAACAUGAUUGUUUGUUAACUUAACGUAACAAUGGAAAAUUGUAGUUUAAGUUUGCGCUGAAACUAUAUUUACCUUUUUUGAAAUAAUUCAUUAAACCUGCUAAGCAGACUGAUCUCGUGAAAAGGCGAAUAUGACACGCCAAUUCGAAUUUCCAUUUUUGCCGUGCUAUCAACACGCAUAAUCGCUUUGUGAACAGCGUUGAC